GUUUUCUCGAGCGAAUGAUAAAGAGACUCUUCUUAUCAAAGACAGAGUGAAAACGGUGUUUGUCCCGAUCAGGGAAUAUUUUUACGCCCUUUGCUAAAACGGCAGGACUGACGAAAACAACCAGAUCCAGAAAUAGAUAGCAGGGACUACGGGUCCCAUAUGGAACGUGUAGCCAAAGUGUCGAUUCGUUUCGAAAUUAAGCAGCUUUUAUCACUAAGUAGUUAAUUUCAAGUUUUCGUCAAUCGUGAAAAUAUUUAUUCAUAAGUGUCGUGGGCACUACUGCAGCUUUUCGCAUCCUUUUUUGUGCCAAAAAGCUAGCCAUCACAAAAUGGUGUCUACCAUUACCGCAGGUUCUCGUUUGCGGUCAUUGACUUCGUUGCUUUUGUUAGUAACAACAUUAGCUGGUUCACAAUGCAGUAGCGCCGGCGAAGAACUGGCCGGGGAAAAGGCUGGCAAGCUUAUUUUCGCCCAUGUUCUGUUUCGUCAUGGCGAUCGUACCCCGAUCGACCCAUAUCCUAAUGACCCCUGGAAGGACCCUAGCCAUUGGACCACGGGCUGGGGACAGCUGACGAAUGCUGGCAAGAUUCAUCAUUUAUUGCUGGGAAAGUGGCUGCGUCAACGGUAUUCAAACCUGCUGAAGGAAACUUACGCUAGUGAUGAGAUUUACGUUCGCUCCACGGAUGUCGACCGUACCCUUAUGAGCGCUGAAUCAAACCUUGCCGGACUGUACCCUCCAAAGGGGGCGGACGUGUGGGAUUCCGGCAUUACGUGGCAACCGAUACCGGUACACACGGUUACGGAGGAGUUAGAUAGCGUGCUGGCGACAAAGAAGCGCUGUCCAGCUUUCGAUCACGCUCUUAAGGUGUACCGUCAGUCAGAACCAUACCAUUCGUACAACAGUUCGUUGGAGCCCGUUUAUCGGUACAUUACGGAAAAGACCGGUCGGCGAUAUGAUUCCCUCUCGAGCGCGCAGAACCUUUACAGCUGUCUGCUAAUAGAGGAACUGAAUAAUUUUACCCUACCCGAAUGGACGAAGUCAGUUUACCCGGAGCCGCUGCGCACUAUUUCGGCAAUGGGGUUCGCAGUGAAAACGAAUAAUACCCAACUCGCCCGCUUGAAGAUGGGACCACUGGUGAAGGAGAUUCUGAACCGAUUUCGCUCAAAGGCAAACGGAAGUCUCAAACCAAAUCGUUCGGUGUGGAUUUACAGUGCGCACGAUGUAACGGUUGGAAGUUUGCUGAACGCGUUGCGAAUUUUCGAACUGCAUAAUCCACCGUUCGCGGCGUGCGUUCUUCUAGAACUGCGCCAACCAGCUAACGGAACAGGCGAACCGUACGUGCAGGUUUUCUACAAAAACACCACUGCCGACGUACCAUUUAGUCUGCCCAUUCCUGGCUGUGGCGAGCGAUGCCCGCUGGCAAAGAUGUUUGAAAUCUACGACGAAAUUAUUCCUAAGGACUGGGAAAGCGAAUGUCAGCUGUCGAUGCUCUCAAUGAGCUACGUUGAAGCGGAUCUAAACUCCACCAGCAGUCUGAUCGGAAUUGUGCUCCUAGCAACCACAUCAAUGCUGGUCUUUCUGGCCGUGGUGGCGAUUGUACGACGACGCAAUAGUAGUGAACGGUGGUACCUGCGUAUUGAUGGUUAAUUACCAGAAAAGCUUUUGUUUCUAUUCGUCUAAAGUUAUCCCAUGUUUGUCAAGACAUUUUAUAAGGCUGAUUUUUAACUGUUUCUCGUUGGAGAUUGUCAUUCAGGGGUUUUUACUGCACUGGUUAUUAUUAAAAUAAAUGACUUGCGUAUGAAUAUAUUAGCAAAAUUAA